AUGGCAUUGCUUGUUGAUUUGAAGACUCACCUCGCUCUGGUGACCGGGGCCACCGGCGGUAUUGGAAAAGCCACAUCUCUUGCUCUAGGCCGGUUGGGUUGCUCGAUUGCGGUACAUUACAAUUCAGCUGUCGAUACGGCCAACACCUUGGUCGACGAACUCCAGUCUCUUGGGGUUCGAGCGACCGCUUUUCAGGCAGAUCUAUCCUCCUACGAUGAAGCUAGGCGCCUACAUGCAGAAGUCGUCAAGGAAUUGGGACAUCCGAACAUCUUAUUCAACAAUGCCGGAGUAACCCAAGGUAAGAGUGGCGUGAAAGAUAUCUCGGAGAUCUCGAUUGAAGACUUCGAGGCGACUUGGCGGGCGAAUUGUGGCACUUCAUUUUUGCUCACGCAGCUGUGUCUGCCGGAAAUGGUUGGAAAGGGGUUCGGCAGGGUAGUCUUCUGUUCAAGCGUGGCAGGCUUCACUGGCGGUAUUGUCGGGCCACAUUAUGCGUCAUCGAAAUCGGCUAUUCAUGGACUUGUCCACUGGCUGGCAAACGCAUAUGGUAAAAGGGGCAUCACCGUCAAUGGAGUCGCCCCUGCUUUGAUUGAAGAAACCAAGAUGUUGCCUGGCUCAAACUCAGAACUUUCAGCCAAAAUACCCAUUGGCAGGCUUGGAAAGCCAGAGGAGAUAGCCGAGACUAUUGUGUGGAUGGUAAAGACUGGUUAUGUCCAUAACAAGGUCGUUGCUGUCGACGGCGGCAUGUUUAUACAGUGA